AUGAAUUCCACGCAAAAUGAAGAAGAUGACUUGAAAAUCUGGUCUCAUUUUCUCAUCAAAGCUUUCGAGGAGAAGUCGCAGUGGAUUGACAUAUGCUGCGUUGUAAUAUUACUCGUAAUUUUCUUCGUCAGCAUGAUCGGUAACGUGCUAACGUGCUAUGUGAUCUACUCAGUGAAAUCGAUGCACACAGCGACGAAUUUCUAUCUGUUCGACUUGGCAGUGUCCGAUUUAAUAGUGACCUUUUCAAUUCUAUUCGACAUUUACGAUUAUUUAACUGACUUCUCUAAAGUUGCUGAGAGCAUGUGCAAACUGAGAUUUUUCUUUGUAGUGAGUUUGUGGAACAAUGGUAUUCUAGUGAUGACUAUUCUUGCGAUUGAGAGAUAUAUAGUUAUUUGGUACCCAAUGCUGUUAGGUUCUUCUCCGGUUUGCAAGAGAGUGGCUAAAGUCAUAACGGUCAUAUCGAUAGUGGCUAUAUUGGAAUCAUUACCAGAAAUUUGGACAGUCGGUUUUAUCAAGACGAAAAAGAUGUCUAUCUGCUUUACUGUUCCAACGGAGAUAGCAAGAAAAAUCAACGGGGUUCUGGCUCUAGUAACAUUUGUCUUCCCCCUGUGGUGGAGUACAGGAUUCAGAUUUUUAUUAAUAAAUACUUGGCUCAGUGUUGUUUUGAAUCCCAUUCUCUUCAGCUUGAUGUCAACUAAAUUUCGUAAAGCGUUAAAGGUAAAUAUUUCAGAUAAUUAUCAUUGUUUUGUGUGA